AUGAGAGAUACAGAUGAAGACCAUUCUUGGAUGUACGAUGAUUUUGCAAGCGAUGAUGAGUAUGAGACGCUCAAGAGUCUUUAUACUUCUCUUUCCAGGAAGGAGAAAGCAAGCAAAAUUACGCCGAAUGAACGCAUGGAACUCUUCAAGUUAGAGAAGACUCUUCAAAUGAAAACGCGAUUAAGGGCUGCUGCCAUGCAACGAGACGCUGUUGAGGAAGCCGAGGAAGAUAGUCUCUUCGUUCAGGAGUCCAGGGAGGAUAUUGUGAACAGGCAUCGGAGAAACAGACCUCGUUGCAAUAGCGAUGUAUUAGAGGACGAUGAAAUGGCUAAGAACUUCGGCGAUGGCGAUGGCGAUGGCGAUGGAGAUAGCAGCGAGGACAAUACUAUGAUGAAGAUGCUACAGCAAGAGCUCAAUGGCGAUGGCCUCGAUGGCCCCGGUGAGCCAGAACUCACUAAGUCCGGCAAGCCACGUAAGAAACGUGCCAAGAACGCAAGAGAGUAUACCGAAGAGUCUCGUCGUCGUCAAAAGGAGCGUAGCAAGACCCAAAGGAAGAAAGGCCGUAACAGUGGUUUCACUUCUUGCAGCAAGCCUGCAAUUGCCAAAGGUAAAGGAAAGGAAAAAGCUUCUGUAUCCAAGAAGGGCAAGAAAGGCACAGUUAAGAAUGGCGAAUCGCUCCUCCGCUCUGGCAACUUUAGCCACCAUUCCGGAAUCGAUAAUAUCGGUCAAAUGAUGCUGGAGGACCUUAUGACUAAUGACCCGAUUUCCGAUCGUUUACAGAACCCUAUAUUCAAUAUUGAGCCCGAAGCUCCGAUGCUUACCAGAACCAAGGAAAGUCAGUUCCAGAUACUAUUUGCGAAUGUUCCGACUGGUGAUGGUAGUAAGGCGAAUGCGAAGAGUAUUAAGAAUGAUAAGAAGGCGUUAAAGGAGGCGAGUCGCAGUUUUGGGUAUGCACAGGUUAAGGCACAGGAUGGCAAUCUCGGCAAAACCGUUCAGACAUUAGCUUGCAUGGUGGGAAACCCCCCAGGACCCGAGGACAUUAAGCGCAAAGUCAAGGCAACCCUUAUAGUAGUUCCUGCUACUGUAAUUGACCAAUGGCUUGACGAAAUUCGGAUCCACGCUAAGCAUAAUACUUUCCCGAAAAUCAUGCGAUACAAAUCCUCUGCUCAUAUUCCUAUAGAAGUGCUCGAAGACCUUGAUAUUGUUAUUACUUCUUACUCUGAAGUAAUGAAGCAGUUCCCAUUUCCGGAUAAGGAAAGCAGAGAAAAAAUUGCUGUUAUUGGGUAUAAGGAUUGGCGGAAGAGUGCAAUGCAUAAGUUAGGCGAUUUGCAUCUGGUUAAUUGGUACCGGGUUAUACUUGAUGAAGCGCAAGCUAUUAAGAAUAAUUCGGCCAGAACCUCCCUGGCUUGCCAGAACCUCAAGAGCGUUUAUCGGUGGUGCUUAACUGGUACGCCAUUACUGAAUCGGCUUGAAGAGCUAUUCCCCUACCUCCGCUUCCUCAAGGCAAACUAUAGCAUGGACUGGCAAACUUUCCAGAAGUACUUCUGUGAUCCUAAUGCGGCUGAUUCAUACAACCGUAUUAGCACCUUGCUCUCCUAUACCAUGAUGCGUCGUACGAUGAAAACCACUAUUCUCAACCGUCCGAUUAUUACGCUCCCUCCUCCACAUCCGGAGAUCCAGUAUAUCCAGUUCUCGCCUGAAGAGCAACUGAUUUACCGAAUCACCGAAAACCGCUUUCGCGCCAACCUAAAUGCAUUCUUUAGGCACGGCGAGGCCCGUCGUAAUUACUCCAUCUUUAUGGUUCAGCUCCUGCGCCUCCGCCAAUGCACUUCCCACCCCUUUAUGCUUGAACGAACUAUUAAAGAAUCGUGGACCCUCGAAGAUGUCGCCGAGCUAAAAUCUCGCCUCUCUCGCCUCAGACGUGAUUCCAAUUCCAAUUCCAAUCCCAAUCGCCCGUUCUACGAGCAAUGCAAGGUCUGGGUUGAGGACGCUGAGCUUAGGAGAAAGGCUGCGGAGAGGGGUAAGGAAGACAAUAUUGGUGAGAUGGGUAUUAGUGAGGAUUUUGAGGAAUUGCCGUUUGGACAAGGGGAUUUUGGGUAUCAGUUUAGUAUGCAGGGGGCGCUAAAAACGCUCAGUGAGAAGGAGCUUUUUAAGAGGGUUACUUGCAGCAUGUGUGCGGAUAUGCCGGUAGAGGCUAUGAAAACGGAUUGCGGACACAUCUUCUGCAAAGACUGUAUUGAGUCCUAUAUCCACACCGCCGCCUCCGGUAUUGCCGAUGACUACCUCUCCUGCCCGUCCUGCGAUCGCCUCUUCGAUAAUAUUACACCUGUCCACCCUCCAUCCGAAAACCAAGACCCCUCCAAUUCCUCUAGCUCGCAUACCGGUACUCCUAGCAAGUCUAGGAAGUAUAGGGAGACGCAUAAGGGUACGAAGGGAAAGGAUGCUAGUGGGUUUGAGCCGCAUACGUAUCAUUCUGAGUGGCUAGAGAUGAGUGAUAAUUUCCCGGAGGACUUCCCAUUAACGGCAAGUGCGAAGACGACUGUGCUUAAGGCGUUGCUUUUGAGGGGAUUUACUGAGGCUCCCUUUGACAAGGUUGUUAUCUACGUCCAAUUCCGACAGCUCGCCAGAAUCGUAGGCCGCAUUUGCCACUCCGAAAACUGGCCCUUCCUUUAUCUCACUGGCGAUCGAGUCCUAGAAGACCGUACUAAGGUUAUACAUCGUUUUAGAGACGAUAAGAACAUCAAGAUCUUGAUUGCUGGACUCAAAUGUGGUGGUCUUGGUCUUAACUUCCCCUGGGCUAACCGCUGUAUCUCCCUUGACCUCUGGUGGAACCACGCCGUUGAACAGCAGGCAUUCGGCCGUAUCUUCCGUAUCGGCCAGAAUAAACACACUUAUAUGACACGCAUCGUGGUCAAGAAUUCCGUCGACAUGCGUCUUUUGACCAUGCAACUCCACAAGUUGACUAACCUUGAAAAGGCUAUCAAGGAAGACGACGACGAAGAAGGCGAGGGCUGUAGGAGGGGAGGAAAGGUACUAGGGCUAAGAGAGCUAGCGAAUCUGUUUGGCUUCUUAAGGGAGGAUGGCGAUGGAGCUAUUUUGAGCGUGGAGGCGGACUACGAUGAUGUCUCUCAUGACGGGAAUCGCUCCUUACCCGUUGAGGAUACUUCUUUCCUCACCUAAGUUGGCAUUGUUCGAGGACGGGGUGGUUGAUUGGGGAGAGGAUAUCAGGGAAGGGGAGGGCUCAUUAUUCGAGGGAGAGUGGAGGGAGGUGCAUAUCUCUCAUUGUCCAGGCGACCGGGGACAUUGAUCGAUGUAUUAUAGUUUAGCAAAUCGGGCCAAAAUAAAAGCGUUGGUUUUUAAAAUUCGAUAAUAUUGAAUUUUGGGACGAUUAUUCGUGAUUUAGGCGAGAUGUUGAGAAGUUAAUAUUUUGAAAGUGGGGGAAGAUUAGAUAAUUAUUCUAGGGAGAUGUGGUGUAUUAAGCGG